AUGGCGAAGCGUAACACGUGCUGGGAUCUGUUUUUGAUCGUUUUGUCGAUAGUCCUUCCACCAGUCCCUGUGGCAUUCAAGAGAGGAUUCUGCUCUGCAGACUUUUUGAUUAACAUCGCACUAUGUAUUUUGGGCUUCUUGCCUGGACUUAUCCAUGCAUGGUACAUUAUUGCCAAGUAUCCCCAGGACGCGGAUAUAGAUGAUAUUGAGGCCCACCGCUCGCUGCUUGCGAACGAACACGGUCACGGCCAUAGCCACAACUACCAUGGGCACAGUCACAGUCAGAAUCAAGGCUAG